ACUCAUAGGUCCGUGAAAUUGUUAAGUGAAUUGUAUUCUUGGAUUAAAAAAAUGAAAGCUGUAAACAUAACAUCUGAUAACAUCAGCGAGAGCGAAGCCGGAGCGAAGUAGUUGGAAGUAGUACUGAUUGCAAUGGAUGGGAUAGAUCUUUUAGCGGAAAAUAUUAUCAAAAUUGAAGAGUUCAAAGAAGAGCCAGUGGACGAGAUAGAAGACUACUGCUGGAAUUCUAUUGCUAAAGAUGUAACCAGUGCUUUACAGCAGUCGGUGAAAGAAGAAGAUGAUAGAGAUGAUGAUCCUCUAGCGGCGUGUUGUGAAGGUGUUUCUGUUGCAACAGUAGAACCAAAAUCUUUACGUUCCCCAGUUCGAGAAUUUCGCACUCGCAUGCGCAACGCUACUGAUCGAAAAACCAUUCAAUGUUCAGUGUGCGAGAAGAGAUUCACUCGAAAACGAAGUUUCCAUGAACACAUGCGCACCCACACAGGAGAAAAACCUUUCCGGUGUUCCAUCUGUGAGAAGAACUUCAGUGUGAAAGGAAACUUAGAUACGCACAUGCGCACGCACACUGGAGAAAAACCUUUUCAGUGUUCCGUCUGCAAAACAUAUUUCAGACAAAAAACAGGAUUAAAUAUUCACAUGCGCGCCCACACUGGUAAAUUUUUUCAGUGUUCCAUCUGUGGAAAAUGUUUCAGUGCAAAAGGAAACUUAGAUAUCCACUUGCGCACCCACAGUGGUAAUAAACCUUUUCAUUGUUCCUUCUGUGAGAGGAGCUUCAGUGUUAGGGGAAACUUAGAGAGGCACAUGCGCACGCACACUGGUAGUAAACCUUUUCAGUGUUCCAUCUGUGAAAAGAGCUUCAGUGAAAAGGGAAAUUUAGAUAGACACAUGCGCACGCACACUGGUAAUAAACCGUUUCGGUGUUCCAUCUGUGGAAAGAGCUUCAGUGAAAAGGGAGACUUGCGCGGACACAUGCGCACGCAUACUGGUGAAAAAUCGUUUCGAUGUUCCAUCUGUGAAAAAUGUUACAGACACAAACGAAACUUAGAUACCCACAUGUGCACCCACAGUGGUAGUAAACCCUUUCAGUGUUCCAUCUGUGAAAGAAGCUUCAGUCGAAAAGGAAUCCUAGAUAUCCACAUGCGCACUCACACUGGUAAUAAACCUUUUCAGUGUUCUAUCUGUGGAAAGAGCUUCAGCCAAAGUGGAAACUUACAUAGCCACAUGCGAACCCACAGCGGUAAUAAACCCUUUCAGUGUUCCAUCUGUGAAAAAUGCUUCAGUCAAAGUGGAAACUUACAUAGCCACAUGCUCACACACAGUGAUAAGAAACAUCUUCAGUGUUCCAUCUGUGAAAAGAGCUUCAGUCGAAAGGGAAUAUUAGAUAGGCACAUGCGCACUCACUCUGAUAAAAAAACCCUCUAGUGUUCAUCUGUGGAAAGAGUUUCAGUGAAAUGGGACAGUUACAUAACCACAAACGCCCUCGCACUGGUAAUAAACCUUUUUAGAGUUGCAUCUGUGAAAAGUGCUUCAUUGAAAACGAAGGCUUACGUAGGCACAUGCGCGCGCAUUGUAGAGAAAAUCCUUUUCAGUGUUUUAUAUGUGAAAAGGGUCAGAGAAAAAAAUUAAAAAUUCACAUUCGCACCAAUAAUUGUGAAAAGUGUUCAGUGUUCCAUCUGUGUAAAUCGCUUUAGAGUAAAAGGAGACUUAUACUGGCACAUGUGUACUCACACUGAGAAUAUCCUUUUCAGUGUUCCGUCUGAAAACAGCUUCAGGGAAAAGAGAAAUUUAUUCACGCACUGACAGAGCUAAAAUCCGUUUCAUUUGUGAACUAGUGGUGCUAAAGGAUGGCACAGUUUUUCACGUAUUAGUUGUGUAUUUCUUUUGGUCUCGGAUAGCUCGGCAAAAAUAAUGAAAAAUAAUAAUCAGGAUAUUUUUAACGCAAGUAACAAAACUAAAGCAAUGUUGAAUAUUGUAAAAAAUACGACCACAUCAUCUCUAUACUUAGUAGAGAAUGUUACUUUUAAGGAUAAUGAAGAAGCAGGUAAUCCGGAAAAAGUGGCUAAUUUCAACCAACACUUCUAGAAAUACGGCUGAACUGACGAAGGGACAAAGACUACCAAAUUCAACUUCAUUAACCUUCUCCAAAAAUGUUCGGCACGAUGUUUAUUUUCCUAACUUCUAAGGAAAUCCUGAAAAUAAUCAGUAAACUAAAAAAUAAAUAUUCACCUGGUUUUGAUGAAUUUCCGGAUUUUUUUAUCGAAAACUUGUGUACCUGCGUUUAUACACUCGUUAACUCACGUUUUAAAUGCUGCUUUACGCACAUAAAUAUUUCCAGAUAUUUUCAAAACAGUAAAACUUUAGCCACCUUUUUAAAAAAGGGUACAACAAUGAAAUUCAAAAUUAUCGGCCAAUUUCUGUUUUGUCAGUUUUCUCUAAAAUGUUAGAGAGGCUUUUCAAUACGCGAAUGGAAACUUUCCUGAAGAAAAACGAAGCGUUUUCAGACUUACAACACGGUUUUAAAAAUUCAAAAUCUUCAGAAACUGCCGUUUUUCUUUUCUUAAAGAUGUUGCUUCAUCAAUGGAGGAAAAUGAAGGACCCAUUGAAAUAUUUUUAGAUCUUUCGAAAGCUUUUGACGUUAUUGACCAUAACAUCUUGCUAUCAAAAUUACCUUCUAAUGGAAUUCGUAGUAUCGCCCUAGGUUGGAUAACCUCGUACCUUAAACAUCGAUCUCAAAGAGUAGAAAUACCGUACUGGCACGAAGGACAUUAUUUACUUGACUUUACC